UUGUUUCUGGAUCUAACUUUUUAAAGAAUUAAUUCGCACACUGGCAACAUUGCUAAUUGGCGGCUGUCACUUGCCAGAUGUCUUACUCGUGUUGUCAUCAGCAUUGCCAUUGUUUGUUGCUGCUUCAGCACAACCGAGUAGGUUUUAAUUUAAAGUAAAGCAGCCAAAAAACGUGCAAAAACCAUGUCCUAUCAGUUGUACCGUAACACAACGCUGGGGCAUACGCUUCAAGAAAGUCUCGACGAACUUCUGCAGUAUGGGCAAAUUACGCCCCAAUUGGCCUGCAAAGUCCUUCUGCAGUUCGACAAGUCGAUAAACCAAAUGCUGGCCACCCGAGUCAAAUCCCGACUAACUUUCAAGGCAGGAAAGCUGAAUACGUACAGGUUUUGUGACAACGUGUGGACCUUCAUGCUGAACGAUGUGGAGUUCCGCGAAGUGCACGAAAUCACCAAGAUUGAUAAAGUGAAAAUUGUCGCCUGUGAUGGAAAAAAUGUUGCUGAAGAGGGAUGCUCGAAGAAGUAGACCGGAAUACUGAGGCCCCAACCACAAGUUCCACCAUGUACAUACUUAGAAUAAGCUUCCUUUAUCGUCCUCAUAUGUUAUAUUCUGUUACAGAAAUUUGUAUACCUGUAGUAAGUGUGAAGUUGCAUUGUCCUUGAAACUGUCUGCCUAGUUAUUAAAUGAGUACAUUUACACUAAUGGAAGCCUAACGGCCCCAAAACCCUCACCAACUUCCUGCGAUCGCAACCAAAGGAAUUAAUCCCUAGGGACAAUGGAAUGAAACACAAACGCCUUGCAUUUUUCAAUUGUCCUUAUAUUACAUAAAAAACCUUAUAAUUA